AUGGAGGUUUCCAGACCUCCCCUAGCCCUGGGAGGGAGCUGUCUCAGGACCCUGACCACUCUGUUGCUUCUGGUUUCCACAGCCACCACCCUCAAUGCCACCAAGAUUCCUGUGUCCCCAGACUGCGGGAAGCCCCAACAGCUGAACCGAAUCGUGGGUGGCCAGGACAGUGUGGAUGCUGAGUGGCCCUGGGUUGUGAGCAUCCAGAAGAACGGCACCCACCACUGUGCAGGCUCCCUGCUCACCAACCGCUGGGUGGUCACUGCAGCCCACUGUUUCAAGGGCAAUCUGAACAAGCCAUCCCUGUUCUCAGUGCUGCUGGGGGCCUGGCAGUUGGAGAACCCUGGCCCUCGGUCCCAGGAUGUGGGUAUCGCCUGGGUGCUGCCCCACCCUGGGUACUCCUGGAAGGAUGGGACCCGUGCAGAUAUUGCCCUGGUGCGCCUUGAACACUCCAUCCAGUUCUCUGAGCGAAUCCUGCCCAUCUGCCUACCUGAUUCUUCUGUCCAUUUCCCUCCGAACACCGACUGCUGGAUUGCAGGCUGGGGGAGCAUCCACGAAGGAGUGCCCCUGCCACGCCCUCAGAUCCUGCAGAAGCUAAAGGUGCCCAUCAUUCAUUCGGACAUCUGCAGCCGCCUGUACUGGCGCGGCGCGGGGCAGGAGGCCAUCACCGAGGACAUGCUGUGCGCUGGUUACCUGGAAGGGGAGCGGGAUGCCUGUCUGGGCGACUCUGGCGGCCCCCUGAUGUGCCAGGUGGACGGCUCCUGGCUGCUGGCGGGAAUCAUCAGCUGGGGCGAGGGCUGCGCGGAGCGCAACCGGCCGGGCGUCUACACCAGUCUCCCUGCCCACAGCUCCUGGGUGGAGAGGGUAGUGCAAGGGGUGCAGUUCCGCGGGCGCUCGCCGGGUAGCGGGGCCCGCAGGGAGCCGAGCGCGGAUUUCCCAGCCGCUGGGCGCUCCUAG